AUGACUUCCGAGCCAUCAGCAUUUACGAGGAAACCCCAAGAUUCAAUCAGAAUGCAUCGACAGCAAGCAGAGGUGCUUCGUCGUAUGAUGCAGUCGGUCUCAAAUUUACACGAGUACACAGCGAACUCGAACCCAGACGAUACGACUUAUCAAGGUGUUGUACGAGAAGACUUUGGAAAAUUUUGGGCUGUACGACCUCCAGUUCCAAUCUUGCAUGCGAUACUAGGCACGACCAAGAUCGGGGAGUUGAGAAAAGAUGAUCGAGGAUCCGACAACAUGGCCCCUCCACCCUCCUCAGACAAACCAUCCAGCACUCGCUCAAGUCAACAAAAUUUUGUGGACUUGAAGGUUUACGUUCCCUGUGUCGAAAUCAAUGGUCGCUCCUACAUCAGUCACAAUGGAGAGAUCUUCGGUCCUGCUCAACAAGCCAUCGGCCGCCAGUCCCGUGUCCACCACGAGCAGCUGUAUCAGGAAGACUUUUCUGACUCUCUCGACUUCCGCGGCAUGAAUGACAGCAAUGACGUUGCCCAAGAAGAAAUCAAGUAUCACCAUUCCCCAGCAGUCACUCUUUCUGGCGAUAACAACACCACAAAAAAUUUCGACGGAUCAUAUCAGCACACCGUUGAGUCCGCUGCUUCUUCCAUACCCCAUUACAAGCCUGCCACAUCCAAGAAAAGAUUCAUCGAUUCGUGCCCUGUCCAAGAACAAUCAUCCACUGCAACAGAUCUCACGAAGCCUAAGAAAAGACGCAUCAACUCGCCAGACAUAGAACAAAAGACAACGAACAGAUCAUCCCAUCACGUCGCUAGCAAGUGUUCGGGUGCCGGUCUCAACAAAAACGGAUGA